AUGAAGUCCUUUGAGGUUCUCGUACUUGGUGUGGCUUUAAGCCUCGGCAGCAGUUCGGGUCAGCCUGCUGAUGAGGCCAUGGCGCGUUGGCGCGUCGUUGGCGGUGCUGAUGCCGAACCUGGUGCAGCUCCCUUCCAAGUGUCGCUGCAGACUCUUUUCGGCCACUCGUGCGGUGGUGCGAUCGUUGCCAGCAAAUGGGUGGCCACGGCUGCUCACUGCGUGUACGGGUCAAAACCCAGUCAAAUGACCGUGCUUGCUGGAACCAAUCUGCUCAAUAGUGGUGGUCAAAAGCACGAGGUGGAGGCGUUUUUCUACCACAGCCGCUAUAACAAACCGACUUUCCACAACGACGUGGCGCUGGUGAAGGUGAAGAAGGCCUUCGAGUUUAACGAGUUCGUGCAACCGGUCGAAUACUCCGAGCACGAGCUUCCGGACAACGCUACCGUCACUCUGACCGGAUGGGGUCGACUUUCCGCUUGGGGUUCACUUCCGAACAAGCUUCAAACGAUCGACCUGAAGUAUGUGAACUACGAAGAGUGCAAGCGCCUCCACGGCAACAGCGGAGAUGUGGAUGUUGGACAUGUGUGCACAUUCACUAAGGCGGGAGAAGGUGCAUGCAAUGGAGACUCCGGUGGUCCGCUCGUUUACAAGGGCAAGUUGGUUGGACUGGUUAACUUUGGAGUACCGUGUGCCAUGGGCUACCCCGAUGCCUACGCCCGAGUGUCGUACUACCACGACUGGCUGCGUACCACGAUGGCAAACAAUGCUUAAACUACAACAUUAUUCACAACAUGGUCAUCCAACCUAUUCCCUUCCACUGAUACGACAUUAUACGCGUUAGAUGUUUCUUUUGCUGGCAAUGUGAAAUCUUUUCUGGUUCUUUGUGGUGAAAUCCUGUGGCAAAUUCGUAAAUAGGACAGUUGAUCACCGGUAGA